UAGUCAUUGGGUUCCAUGCACCAACAACACUGUCACUCACACAGUUACAUGCAUUUACACAAAGGUACACAAUUAUACGGUCCACACAUCAGCUUAGUUAUUUCGUAUACUCAACACUGACGUUUUAUCCGAGAAUUGGUUCCCUCUGACUCCCACCAUCAUCGCCGCCGCCUUCACUUGUACUUUGUAGUCCUGUGUUCAAUUCGUACGUAACGUAAACCCGUCUUGGCCGCCGUGUUCGCAACGUAACAACUACACCACAGCCGCCAAUUGACUGCCGACAUCGUUGCCGUUGUUGCUGUUGCUGCUGCUGUUGGCUGUUGCUGCUGCUGCAUUCUAUUGUGCUUCGUCUGUGUGUGGUGAGUGUAUGACGUGGUGGCCCUUGUUGUCUUGAACGCACACGACAAACUGUAAAUAACAACGAAAACGACAACACUCGAUCCACAUCACAGUGUAGACGAGAAAUGCGAGAUUUUGACCACAAACGGGGCAGACAAUUGGUUGACUGUACCACUGAAGAAGACACCGUUGCCGAAGAGACAGCCGCAAAAGAAAAAAUGCCUUCCGAUACUGAAAGUAAUACAAGUUUCAACAACAGCAGUGUAAGGACAUUUAAGAUUUUCAUUGGAAAUCUUUCUGAAAAGACCACAUCUAAUGAUAUCAGACCACUGUUUGAGAAGUAUGGCAAAGUUGUUGAAUGUGAUGUGAUGAAAAAUUUUGGCUUCGUUCAUAUGGAUGAUGAUAAUACUGGACGUGCUGCUAUAAAAGCUUUGAACGGCACAAUGGUUAAUGAUUUAGCCAUGAAAGUUGAAGCUGCCACUAGUCGUCGUGGUCCCAAUACCCCAACUACAAAAAUCUUUGUAGGAAAUCUCUCUGAAACAACAAAAGCUAACGAAGUACGAGAAUUAUUUGGUAGAUAUGGAACAGUUGUUGAAUGUGACAUUGUCAGAACUUAUGGUUUUGUGCAUAUUGAUUCGACUGAUGUAAGCAGACUCAUUAAAGAUUUAAAUGGACAUAUGUUAGAUGGCCAACCAAUUAAGGUCCAAAUUUCAAAUAGCCGUGUUCGUCAGAGACCUGGAAUGGGUAUGCCAGAGCAGUGUUAUAGGUGCGGCAAGGGUGGCCAUUGGUCUCGGGAGUGCAGUCGUGAAGGGUACGGAUAUGGAAGAGAUGCUUUACCACCUCUCCCACCACCACGUGCCCUGCUUUAUCCACCACCACCACCACCUUCAUUUGUUCGUGAUCGAAUUCUUGGUUCUUAUGGUACUGGCUUAAAAACUGAUAUGACUAGAAUGGAUGAUUACUCAAUGUUAUCACAUUCUGAACUUGGUGGUCAUAUGUAUGAAACUGAAGGCUUGUAUGACCGCUACUAUGAUCGUAGUCUAAUGAGAACAGCUGCUGAUGGUUAUGGUAUGGAUAGAAGAAUGCCAAGAAUGCCAUCUAGUCGCGAUUAUUUAUCCUCAUCUACACGUAUUGGAACAACUAUGCGUGACCAAGAUUAUGUAUUCACGCGACGCUCACCAUUGUCAAGCAGUCGUACAUCGUCAUCUCAUGCAUAUGAUGAUUUCUCUAGGGAUUCAUAUGAUGAUCGUCGAGUUUCGGGAUCUCGCGGUUCGUCGCGUUACACGCCGUAUUAAAAAAAACCGUGUAUAUAUUAUCGUGCCGCCGUCGUAUAUUCGCGUCGCCGGAUCGGAUAACCGUACACUCACACAUCGCCGACCGUCAACAAUUUUUUAUUUAAAUCGGCUCAAGUUUUUAAGGAGCUAAAAUUACAUUUACGACAUCUUAUAAGAUUAUUUGUCUACAUAGGUUUUUUUUUUUAGGUUUAAUUAAAAACAUAUAAGUUCUUAGUGUCACAAAUUACAAUUAUUAUUUAUAGGCAUUAGACAUAAAAAAUUUAAUUAUCUGGGCUCUUAGAUUAUUUAUAUUGAUUCAUAUUUUCUACCUUAGAUGUAAAUAAAAUAAUUUUCUAGAAUUAUUUUAAGGUUUAUUGAUUAUGUUUUUUUUUGAAUAUCACUUUAAUCACAUCAAUCAUAUUAAUAAUUAUUUCUGGAAUUUCUGUUUGUCGAGUUAUUAAACAAAUUUUCUUUAGAAAAUUAGAAUGUAAGCCUUUAUAGUCAAAGGUUUUUACAGUUAGGUUAAUGUAUUGAUUAAAUUACUAAAAUAUAUUAAUAUUGUAAGCCCAAAUAAUCUUAUGACAACAUUACAUUGUAAUUCUCAUUGUAAAAAAUUAUGAUAAAAUAAAAAUAAGUAUAAUAAA